AUGGCGUCGGUGGCCUGGGCGGAGGAGGUGGAAGACUUGAGCCCCGAGGCCCGCGAUCGGUACAUCUCGCAAGUCCAAGAGGAGAUGGAGGACGAAGAUGAUGGCCUUGAUUGGUCUUGGCGCUAUGUGGCUUUAUGUGUGCUUCUGCCUUGCUUGAAUGGCUGCGCCAAUGGCUUUGCUUGGGCCGCUGUGGGUCUCUACUUCCGCAGCAUGCAGUGGCCCCUGUGGCACUGCGGCCUCGCUGGCGCAUCGGGCUUCGUGCUGCGGUGGCUGUGCCAACAGCUGCAGCUGCGAGUGGGCCUUUGGGUCACUUUGCCCUUGUCUAUGUGCCACCUCUCCGCAGCGAUCUUGGCCAUCGUCUACUCUGAUCAGGAGUGGGCGAUCAUGGGUCAGAUGAUUUGCUUGCAUGGGUUUGAUCCUACCAUGUGCAUUGAAGGAGUUGUCUACGAUGCCUUUCGCUGCCGCGGCGAGCGCAUUUCGAGCCAAGCAACUUCCACUGCUUUGAGCAUUAUGGCUUUGAUGGCCGCCUUGGCGUCCACUGCUGGAGGCCUCAUCUAUGACUACUUCAACUGGCAAGGGAUGGCUGUCUUCCACACCAGCACCCAAUCGCUGAUCCUGCUGAUCUUGCUCAUUCACCCGACUUGCCGAAGAUCUUUCAUGGAAGUCUUCUUUCGGAAAAAGGCCAAAUCCUCGAAGAAGCUGCGCAGCAGAACGGAAGCGACCGAAAACGAGAGGGGAAAGCAGAAAGAAGGAGCUUCGCACGCGGAUGGAGAUGUCGAGGAGAGCGUCUUUCCCCUUGAGCUUGGCGAUAGCCAAUCGAAGUGCCUGGGACAGAUUGGAGUGGGUGAAAAGUCACAGGCUUUGCAGUCUCAGCACUGGUUGGUGCUGCAGGAGAGGUACUGGUAUCCUUUGAUGCUGAGCUUUCUGGGGAUGUACUUGGUGUUGAUGAGAUCGUGCGGGCAUGCUCGGGAGACCGCCAUGCGUGAGUCCACUGAGCACACUGAUGACAGGAACUGGUUGCUUUUGCUACUGGUGGACACGGUGCUUCCACUGGAUGUUUUGGAACGGGAACACUGGUUGAAGUGGAGGCUGCUGACACUUCAUGUGCGCUUGGUGAUGGUUCUUCUGAUUCUGAACCAUCAGGUUGAGUAUCAGAUUGUCCAGUGGCUGGCAAGGCUUUUGGCUGUGGCACUGGAGGCAAAGGAAGCGUGGGUUGAGGUGGCACUGCAUUGGGCGGAGCUGCCGACGGCGCUUCUGUGUCAUCUUUCGAUAGAGGAUCUGUGUCUUGUGCUACGAAAUCACAAAGCGCUGUACAUUGAGAGGAACAUCAAAAGCAGUGCUUUGGCAGGCUUCGAGGCCUGGUGGAACCUCCUGCGAGUGCGCUUCACCUGCCAGGCAGAGCUCUCUCCAAACCACUUUCAGUGGCAGCCCACUCCUGGUGCAGAGCGAGAGAUCUAUUGA